AGCGGAUGUGUCUGCUCUGACCUCACUAACUUAUGUAAAGCUAGCUCCCUGCGAUUAGCCACGUCAUGUAAACUUAGCAGUGGAGCAGUUCUGAUAUAAAGGCAACGAGGGGUCGCGGUUUUUGGGGGGUAUUAGUUCAUUUUCAAAGAGGAGCGUUUAUUUCAGGGUUGUAACUCGGCAGGAAUCGUAUGGAAAGAUGUCAGAUAUCGGGGACUGGUUCAGAAGCAUCCCUUUCAUUACCCGGUCCUGGUUUGCUGCAUCGAUUGUCGUUCCCUUUAUUGGGAAACUAGGAUUGGUAGAUUUCAGGAACCUUAUGCUGUUUCCGGAGCUGGUCUUUAACAGAUUUCAUAUCUGGAGACCAGUGACAGCCACCCUGUAUUUCCCAAUAACCCCUAAUACUGGGUUCUUGUACAUGGUCAACCUGUAUUUCCUCUACCACUACUCCUCUCGGCUUGAGACAGGGGCGUUUGAUAGCAGACCUGCAGACUACAUCUUCAUGCUCUUCUUCAACUGGAUAUGCAUUGUUAUAGUUGGGCUGCUGAUGAACAUGCGGCUGCUGAUGAUCCCACUGAUCAUGUCAGUACUCUAUGUCUGGGCUCAGUUCAACAAAGACAUGAUUGUGUCCUUCUGGUUCGGAACACGAUUCAAGGCCCAUUAUCUACCUUGGGUCAUCCUGGUUUUCAACUUCAUUAUUGGAGGCUCGUUUGUGAAUGAACUGACAGGGAACCUGGUGGGUCACCUCUACUUCUUCCUCAUGUUCAAAUACCCCAUGGACCUGGGGGGACGCUCCUUCCUCACCACACCAGAGUUCUUGUAUCGGUUCUUCCCUAACAGGAGGGGAGGGGUGUCGGGCUUUGGAGUCCCUCCCAGCAGGAGACCUGCUGCCCAGGAACCAGCGGGAGGAGGCGGGGGAGGAGGACGUCACAAUUGGGGCCAAGGCAACCGUCUGGGUGGUGAAUGAGCAGAGAGCCACGCCCCCCCUCCCUUUGCUCCCAAUAACAAAUUGUGGAGCAGUUGCUGUUUAUUCACAUUCAGUUUUAAAAGAUACAACAGGAUGAAAUUUGAGGAAGCACGCAUUUUAAUCAGGACCGCACAGCAGGACUCAGACUCUGUCUAUAGGCUCAAUUCACCAAGUAAAGCCAGCUUUACUAUUACUACUACUGCCGAUGUGUCCAUGUGAAGCAGAUAGAAGAAAAUAUGAAUAAAUAGAUUUUUUUUUUGAAUGUAAUGAUUCUUGAUCUCCCCUUCCCUUCUUCCUUUCUGUCCUCUUCUUUUCACCCCCUGCAUUUUCUCCACACCCUGCCAUUGGACUGUCAAGACAAGAGAUGUUGCAGCUGCACACCAGCACGCUGUGGAUUUGGAUUCUUGUGUUCCUGUUCUCUCUGUGAUGCCAUAUCAGAUUACAUUGUAAUUACCAACGCACUGGCAGUGUGCUCUCAGCAGAACAUGAGCAAAGCUAUUUAGAGAGCACUGUUUCCAGGUCUGAAUUUACAUGUGUAAAAUGUUUUUUAAGCCUUUGUGGCACAGACUUGAUCUUUCUGUCUUAAGAUCUGAUCUUAACCAAAAUGAGGUGACGAUGGGAUUUUGCUCUUUUUUUUUUGUAAAUAUAACAAUUGUUUAUUGAAAGGA